CAGCUGAGCGAGUCACGCAGCAGGUGAAUACUGGAAUCUUGUGCUGCUUUAAGACUGAUUUACUCUAUUUUGAAUUAUCAGAAGAGGCUCUUUUUUAAAGACCCAUGCCAGUACCUGGCUCGUCCAAUGUGCAAUGCCAAAAAGUGACAGCUGGCCUGGGGGCAUUGCCAUGGAAUCUGUGACCGGUAUGGACAGUGCGGGUAGCAGUGAUAGUGUGGCCAGCAACAACACUGGCUGUAGUGAUGAUAGUGUUGGACACCUUUCUGCUGAGGAGAAAGCAAUCAUGUUUCUGGAGGAGACUAUUGAUGCUCUAGAGGUAGAAGAUGACAGCGGUUUGUCUAGCGAUGAGCUUGAUCGCCCAUCUCAUAACCUGGCAGGAAACAAUAUUCAUCACCCCUCCGUCAACCACAACAAACCCGAGGAGCUAUUAGCCCAUGAGAACCCAAACCAAGUCAAGAUAAGAGAUCAGAGACCAUCUCAGAGGUAUCCUGUGCCAACUCCGUUACUCCUAGUCAGUAGACCUGUUGAAUCAUCUCCCGAUGAACUUGAUGGGUUCAGAUCAAAGUUUGACCAUCAACAAACUGGAAGGACAGUUUCAGAAGGAACUAAACCAAGCAUUGGACUAUUGAGUGAUGUGGCUGACCUUCCACCUUCUUUCAUACCUGAACCACCAGUUAAAGCAAAGUUGCCUAGAGACUCAAACUUGAUAGGCCAUUCUCCUCCGAGUUUGGAUGCCAAGUCUCCGCAGAAGCCCCAGAAAGUGUCCUCAGAAAUUCCGGUGGGUUUGAUUCCUCCACCUUCAGACUUCAUGGAUGAACCAGCAGAGAUGAGCGCCGGACCACCACUUCCAAUGCUCGUUUUUGAUGGUCCACCAGACUGGACUCCUGAACUCCCAAACACAGUGCCACAACCUGGUGGUGGAUGUGACAAGCCUGCUGAGAUGAGUAAAUCCCAAAGUGUUGACUCCAACUCAAGAGGACCAUUGAACCACAAUGAGCAUGAGAAUUUGCACAAGAAGGCUUCCAUGAAGAAAGUGCCUGAUUUGACACCGUUGAAGUUUGCACAACAUGCUUCCGCUGACAAACUGAUGACACCUUCACCAUCUUCAGAGCAUGUACCUGGAGUUCCAAAAGAGUACAGUGAGACCAAAAGCCCACCAGCUGUGGCUCCUAAACCCAAGAAACUGCCUUCUAAUAUCAUCUUCAAAAGCCACAAAGACACAGGUGCCACGCACUCUUUACUACCGCAGAGUGACCGUCCUCAGCUGGAUCAACAGAAGAUACGACUGGAAGCCUUGAAAAAAUUAGGCCUGCUAAAGAGUGCGGAAGUCAAUUCAGGGCCCAAUAUCUCUUCUAAUCAAUCCUCAACAUUCAAAGCAAAAGAUACCACACUUUCCUCCAGUAAACCAAGUACUUACACAACAGCACCUUCAGUAGAAACAGUGCAGGACACUAAACUAGCUGAAAGUUCUGUACUAGGAGUGGCGCACCCAAAAAUAGACAUGCCAAAACUCAUAGACACUGAAAGUAGGCAAGUUUAUUUGAAGAAGCAUCCCGCAAGACCCUAUGAGGUCAAAUCGGCUUCUUUGGGGCGGUCAGGCGUAGGUCUUCGCAGCAUUGCUUUUGAACCAACCCCUCAAGCAACACAUCCAAAUGGGACCAAUCUUGAGCGGCGGUCAGGUGUAGGUCAUAACAGCAUCGUCAUUGACCCCACCUCACAUGCAACUAAACCAGACAAAACCAAUGUUCAGUUAUCUCCUGGUCAGUUACGAAAAAUCAGAGGUCGACCUCUUUCUGCAGGUAGCGCGAAGGACUUCAGUAUUGGCCGUGCAGCUGAAGGUUCAAACAAAUCGCUCCUUGCUGCUUCAGUUCAGCCUUCACAGCCAGGUUACGAUGCCCAAAAGUUAGCUCGCUCCAACGGCAUAAGCGUUCUGAUCACCCCACACGGUAAAGAUGGCGAGAACCGACGAGAAGCUUUGAAGAAACUUGGAUUACUGAGGGACUAACAGUUCGCCAACUACCCUACUCUGAGAACUGAACUUCACAAUGUAUUCUGUGUACAACGGUCUUUAGCAUUGAAAUGCAGAAUGCUGAAAUGGGUCUUGCAUAAUGUGGACACCGAGACAACAUCAGAAGUACUUUUCUUCUGGAUCUUCCGCAAUAGUGGCACUUUCGUCUAUUUGCAUUCUCAACUACCUGCUUAAAUAAUCCUCACCAGGGUUGGGAGGGUUACUUUUUAAAUGUAUUGCACUACAGAUUACAUGCUGUAAAAUGUCAUUUGUAAAGUAUUCCGUUAGAUUACUCAAGGUUAGUAACUUAUUCAAAAUACUUUGGAUUACUUCUUCAUCACUGGUGGAUUUUUUCAAUUGUUUUGACUAUAACAACUCUGCCAGUACAGUAAGACAAAACUCACAUGUUAAAAAUACAUUCUCUGAAAAACCCAAAUAUCUCAUGCAGUGUUGUUUCUAAAACAAGAUCAAUCAAAUUGAUCUUGUUUUAAGGAUUUUUAGAUAUAUUUUAAUACAAAAAUUAUUAUCAAGAAUAUGAUUUUUGCCCUUGUAAGUUGUUUUGGUGAAAAAGGUUUGGCUUAGCAUCAAUAUAUGUAGGUCUUAUUGUGCUCUCAUGUCAAUUCAACUAUGUAUGUUAUUUCAAAGAGAAACAGUGUUUUUAUUUAGUCAUAUUUUAUCAAAAUGUAACAACUUGGUCCACCUCUGAAGCGACUUCAGUUUUCGGUUGACGGCACAUCGGUUGUGGUUAAUGUUAACCAAUUGCGAAAUAGCUGUUUAGGCAUCGUUUUAGACCUUUCUUAAUUUUGCUAUUGAUUAUGCAGUAAUUUAAUGCCAAUUAACGUUAAUACUAAUAUCUCAUCUCUAGUGCUUGUUGUUGUUGUUGUUGUUUAAUGGUGUUGUACAUGCCAUAUUAAAGUUUUUGUUCUAUACUGUUGAUAACUAUUAAGAUGAGUCAAGAAUUUAAUUCUUCUAUGAUCUUCAUUAUUUAUGUGGAGUUCUUAAUAAAUACACAUUUGGACUACCUGUAUUCUGGGGAAUAAAAGAGUAAAUCAGACUCCUAGAAUUUGGGGGAAUGGGGUCGUUGACAUGCCCAGAUGUGUGACAUGCAAUCAGUUUAAAUAAUAAUAACCACAUUUUUGCUGCCAUUGGUGUACAAGUGUGAAUGAGAAUGUGAAUGUGUGUGUGACCUUUGGUA